CACAAACAAUUCAGAAUAAUUAUUUAGAAAAAGAGAAAAUGAAACUGAAAAUUUCUACAUUUAAAGAGCCUAAGCACGUAGGCGUGGUAACUUGUGUGUGUUGGAAUAAUACUGAAGACGUUUUUUCCUGCGGAGAUGACCACAAAUUAUUGAAAUGGAGUCUUGUAAACAACGAAUGUAUGACGAUUUCAACGUUCCCCGAGGAUUUUUAUCCGACUUGUAUGAAUUUAUUCCCAAAAAUAAACCCAAGUGGGGGAAAACAGCAGCAUGAUGUGAUUUUAAUCUCGACUGCUGAUGGAAAAUUUCACAUUGUAAAUCACAAUGGCCGCAUAGAAAAAAGUGUGAUCGCUCAUCAAGGUGCCUGUUUAACUGCUCAGUGGAGUCCAGAUGGCGCUGGAUUGCUUACAAGUGGUGAAGAUGGUAUGGUAAAAGUCUGGUCUAGGAAUGGUCUCCUACGUUCGAGUAUCGUACAGUCAGAUAUACCGUGCUACAGCGCCCUAUGGAGUCCGGAUUGUGGCUCCAUACUAUAUACGAAGGGAAGUUAUUUGGUGAUCAAACAUUUGCACUCGAAUACGAAAGUCACUACGUGGAAAGCCCACGAAGGCCUUAUUCUUGCUAUAGCUUGGAAUGCCAAUAACAAUCUUAUAAUAUCUGGAGGUGAAGAUGGAUACUCAAAGAUUUGGGACGUGUUCGGUCAGCAAAUAUCAGUGAGCGUUAAGCAUGACCAACCGUUGACUAGCGUCAGUUGGUCACCCGCUGGGGAUAUGUUCGUGAUUGGUAGCUUCAAUUUGAUAAGACUUUGCAAUGCUAAUGGGUGGUCCCAUUGCCUGGACCGUCCCAUCACGGGCAGCGUUUACAGCAUCGCUUGGUCCUCUGACGGCACGCAGUUGGCCGCAGCCUGUGCCAAUGGGCAUGUACUAUUUGCUCAUAUUAUUGACAGAGAAUACACAAUGAAGAACUACGCGUGCACUCAAACUGGGAGAAAGGUAGUGGCCAUUAAAGACAUAGUCACAGAUCAAAGUGACCAAUUGGAUUACCCGGAUCGCGUGAUACAGAUAGCCCUUGGCUUCAAUCACCUGGUGAUAGCAACAGUGAAGCAGUGUUUUAUUCAUAAGUUGACCUCCUGGAAUACACCAGUGACAUUCGAUCUCAAGGAAGGCACGAUAAACAUGAUUUUGCUGGCUGAAAGGUGCAUCUGCGUGAUAGAACGCGCUGGUGUCUCGGUAUACAGCUAUAUGGGUCGUCUUCUGGCGAGUCCACGGAUAUCCCGGCCAGAAACUUUGGGACGGGCCACCGUGUCCCUGGGCCCGGAUAGCCUGGCCGUCAUCGACCAGACUGAUCGGAAAUCGAUCCACGUGUUCGAUCUCCCCACCGGGCUCAUAGUGCGCAGUUCCACGGACAGCACGAUCACGAAAUUGGCCCACAAGAUGACCGUAUCGUGUGUCGCGCUCAGCCAGACCGGGCCGUUGGGCGAGCGGCAACUAGCGCUGUUGGACUACAAUCGGGAUCUGUACGUGGUCACCGUUAAGGAGGCCAAGCCGAAGUUUCAUAAGCUGGGUCCUCAAGUCCUCAGCAUAAGUUGGAGUACAGAGACGGAAUUGUUAGUGGGUUUGCGGGCAAAUUCAGUGGUGGCGUGGUGUUGCCCUCGCGCCGCCACUCAACCUGAUUGGCUCGCUCUCACCACUGUUAGCAAGGAUGUCAGUGACUUGGGCAGAAAUCCGAGUAUAGUGAACAUAGACGACGGCGCGGUGUGCGUGCGCCGCGGGAACGGCUCGAUGUUGCGCGCUUCGCUCGCUUCGUUCCCGGAGAAGUUGCUCAAACACGUCGCCGCGAACACUUGGGACGCUGCAGUGCAACUAUGCAGGACAGUAGAAGACGAAACGUUGUGGGCAUGUCUAGCAGUAUUGGCAUGGCAACACAACCAACUUGCGGUGGCUGAAGAAGCUUUUGCAUUAAUACGUCAAUACCAUCAAGUCUGUUAUAUUCAACAUCUAAGGAAUACUAUUCCAGAGAAGUUAUCUGUUAGUGAAGUAAUGUCAGCGUCGUGAGCUAUUUGUAUACUCUUAAAUAAAAAUAUUGUCUUAUAA